AUGACCCCGAUUACAUCACUUCCCCGGUUUUUCGACUUGAUCGUUUUUUGUUUCUGUGCUUUUUGUUCUGUUCAGACGAAUUCUCCAUCUUCGACCGUUGGCUCUUCUCGGACAUUCACCAUGCCUGAGCCAUUCCCCUGGGAAAUCGGCGUCCAUGAUGCCCAUUGUCACCCCACCGACACGAUGGCCUCGGUGUCCGACAUCCCGCACAUGAAAACAACAACACUGACGAUCAUGGCCACACGCGGAGAUGACCAGGACCUUGUACAACAGACAGCCGAGUUAUGUUCGGUCCAAUCAGACACAGAUCACAUUGAUCGCAUAGUCCCAUGCUUCGGCUGGCACCCAUGGUUUUCGCAUCAAAUCUCGAACUCAGCUUCAUCAGACACCCAAAAUAAAAAGGAACACUACAACGCCGUCCUGACACCCUCGCCAGCGGAUGAUCAACCUUUUAUCGACAUACUUCCUGAUCCAAAGCCUCUCUCCGAGCUUAUCUCAGAGAUCCGGGCCCGGCUCCAAAAAUUCCCUACCGCCCUAGUCGGCGAAAUCGGUCUAGACAGAUCAUUCAGAAUACCAGGUCCAUGGACAGCCGAAGAAAUCGAGAAUCGCAAUGGUGAAGUAACACCGGGCUCGCGCGAAGGUCGUCGUCUCUCACAAUACCGCGUCAAGCCAGAGCACCAGCGCAUGGUCCUGAAAGCGCAGCUUCAAUUAGCGGGAGAGAUGAACCGGGCCGUCUCAGUACACAGCGUGCAAGCACAUGGUGCCGUGGUCGAUGUCUUGAAAGAAGUUUGGGCAGGCCAUGAACGAGUGAGUCUCUCGCGGCGAAAAAGAGAUAAACAGCGGGACGCCGAAGGGGCAGAGUUCGAGGAAGAAGAAGUCGCUGUUGCCAAGCCAAAACUAUUCCCGCCUCGCCUUUGUAUGCAUUCUUAUUCUGGAUCUGUGGAUCCUGUUCGACAGCUCAUCCACAAGUCUAACCCUUCGGAUGUCUACUUUUCAUUCUCCGGUUUGAUCAAUUUCAACGGUGCCCCGGCAAAGAAGAUUGCUGAUGUUGUUAAAUCUUUGCCGGAGGACAGAAUUUUGAUUGAGAGUGAUCUUCAUAAGGCUGGUGAUGAGCUUGAUGACUUGAUGGAGGAUGUAGCGAGGCGAAUCUGCGAACUUCGUGGGUGGGAGCUCAGGCAUGGCGUUCAGUUGCUAGCUGAAAACUGGCGACGUUUUGUCUAUGGCUAG